AUGUUUUCGAAGAAAAGUUCAUCAAUGCAGCCUUCUCGGAGCCGACGAAGUCUACAGGAUGCUCAGGAGCGUAUACGUUGGCUGAUCGCCAACGCACCGACUCUCCUGACGAUGCUAGACUACGUGUCCUGGGCCAUGGACAUAGUAGAAACAUUGCCGCAACCACCGAAUGCUGCUUUGCAACAAUUGGCGCCGCGGCGAUCGCCGGCGGCUGUCCUGCCUCGUCGAUCGCCGUCAGCUGACCCGCCUCGUCGAUCUCCGGCGGCUGACCUGCCUCAACGAUCCCCGGUGGCUGACCCGCAGCAGCGAUCCCCAGCUGCUAACUCGUCUGGACGAUCCCCAAUGGCUGAGCAGCCACGGCGAUCACCGACGGCUGAGCAGCCUCGACAAUCCUCGGCGACCCGAAGAAGACGGUCUCGCUCGAGCUCGAGCUCCAGUUCAAGCGGAACAUCAUCCAGUUACGCAUCGUGCAAAUCCGUUAAAAGUAUAUGCGAUCUCAAGCGGAUUCCUAAGAUUACAUCCUCGAAUAUGAAGAGAAAAGCAAAUGAGGUUACAAGACCAGUACCGAGACGUGGUAUUUUACAAUUGAAAAGGACAGACAGUCAACAGCAGCAGCAACAUCAGCAACAUCAGCAACAUCAGCUGCAGCAACAACAGCAGCAGCAGCAGUAA